AUGACUGAGAACAUUCAUCCAAAUGCCUACCAGAUAAAAGGCAAUUUAUUCCGUGAGCAACAGUGGACACUCUACUCUAUGAAUUACAUGAAUAAGUGCUGGGAGAUUUAUCUAGCUUACUGCAGACCCCACGCAGCGCCUCCCCACGAGCCUACGAUGAAGAUGAGACACUUCCUCUGGAUGCUGAAAGACUUUAAAAUGAUAAAUAAAGAAUUAACAGCAGCUAUAUUUAUGGAGGUCAUAGCAGAGGAUAAUCCUUUCAUAUAUGAUGGAACUGACAGCAGCUUUGAACCUGAGGACGCCCAGAGCAAGAGUCCCAGCGCAGUCCUGAGCCAUGAAUCGGAUGCUGCUCACUCUGACAGUGCCAGGUCAUCUACCAGCAAGUUAGAGCUCUGGCCUGAUGUUAACAAAAUAAGGAAAUCAGAGAGAAAUACGAGAGACCCAAGGAUGAUUAAAAGGAAGAGUUCAACACAUGGGUCAGUAGUACGUACGUCUUCUUUGUGA